UGUUCGUGUGCAUUGUCGAAGGCGGUCGCUUAUUAAGUAUUUGUGCGCACAGCUGCUUGUGAAGGGGAAUUUGGAAACAUAAAGAUUAUAAUGUGGCAAUCACAGCGAUUACUUGCUGCUGCUGCUGUUCUCGUUGUUGUCUGUCUUGCGGCGGGCGCAAUUAGUCCAGCUGCGGGCUGCCCCCGGGCGCCCACACACUUGCCCCAUGGACGACGCACACGAGGCGACAAUGGAUACAAAUUAAUUGUGGCUGAUGGACCCAACGGAUAUGUGCCCGGCAAGGCUUACAACUUGCUUCUACUUGGCUCACGCACCCAUACGAAAAUCCAGCAUUUCACACACUUCACCAUUGCCGCUGAGGCGCACACAGGUGGCCGACGUGCCCAGGUGGCCAGUCCACGUCGUGUUGGUCGCUUCCAGCUAUUCAGCGAUUCCCUCACCAAAUUCAAUGAACGCUGUGUGAAUACCGUUUCGGAGGCCGAUGAUCUGCCCAAAACAGAAGUACAGGUCAUGUGGGUUGCACCUGAGACCGGUUCGGGCUGCGUUUCGCUAUCCGCUAUGGUUUAUGAGGGUCCACGCGCCUGGUUCUCCGAUGACGGCCAACUCACCCAGGUUAUGUGUGAGCACAAACCAAAUGCGGUGGCAACACAAAAGGAAUGCUGCGCCUGCGAUGAAGCCAAGUAUAGCUUUGUUUUCGAGGGCAUCUGGUCGAAUGAGACACAUCCCAAGGAUUACCCCUUCGCCAUCUGGCUGACCCACUUUUCUGAUGUAAUUGGUGCCUCCCACGAAGCGAACUUCUCCUUCUGGGGCGAGAAUCAUAUAGCCACCGAUGGCUUCCGCUCCUUGGCCGAAUGGGGUUCACCGACCGCGCUGGAGACGGAGCUGCGUGCUCAAGGCCCAAAAUUGCGAACACUUAUCAAGGCGGCUGGCCUUUGGUAUCCCAAUGUGAAUCAGAACACUUCGUCUAAAUUCCGUGUGGAUCGCAAGCAUCCGAAAGUCUCCUUGGCUUCCAUGUUUGGACCCUCACCCGACUGGAUGGUUGGCAUCAGUGGUGUGGAUCUUUGCACCGCCGACUGCAGCUGGAAGGAAUCGAUGGACUUUGAUCUGUUUCCAUGGGAUGCUGGCACCGAUAGCGGCAUUACCUAUAUGUCCCCCAACGCGGAGACGCAGCCUCGCGAGCGCAUGUACAGAAUUACAACCAUGUAUCCCGAGGAUCCACGUGCACCCUUCUAUAAUCCUCAGAGCAAUAAGAUGAUGCCGCUGGCCAAGCUCCAUCUGCGUCGCGAGAAGAUUAUCUCACGCAAUUGUGAUGAUGAUUUCCUACAAGCGCUCCAGCUGGAAGUAUCCGAUGAUGCCGAAGAACAGGACACACGUACCGAGUGCCGCGUGGGCAAUUACAAUGCUUGGAGUCCGUGCUCCGUAAGCUGUGGCAAGGGCAUUCGGAUGCGUAGUCGCCAAUUUUUAAAUGCUGAGCUGGCACAGCAGAGCAAAUGCGCCCGCCAGUUGGUGGCCAAGGAGAUGUGUGUGGCAGCGGUGCCCGAAUGUCCUAACGGCUCGGCUGCUCAGGAUCGUGACGAGGAUGAGGGUGAGAAUCUGGCCAAUUCACAGUCCUUGGUCAAUGACAAUGGCGAGGGAGCUGGCCUGUGUAAGACGACACCGUGGAGCGUGUGGUCUGAGUGCUCGGCGAGCUGUGGCAUUGGCAUCACAAUGCGCACGCGAACCUUCACCAAUCACCUGGGACGCAAACGUUGUCCGCACGUGAGCAUUGUGGAGAAGAACAAGUGCAUGCGACCGGAUUGUACUUUCGAGCAGGUGGAAUUGCCCGAUCCCGAUUGCCCCACCACCCAGUGGAGUGACUGGAGUCCAUGCUCGGGCUCUUGCGGACGUGGCAGCUCCAUUCGCAAGCGAUUGCUGCUGCUGGAGGAUGGACCCAUGAAGGAGAGUUGCACGAAGCGCAUGGAGCUGCAUCAGCAGCGGGAAUGCCAGCAUUCUGUCGACUGUCACAUCAACAUGGAGAUGGCCAAGGAUAUUUGUGUGCAACAGCCAGAGGCGGGUCCCUGUCGUGGCAGCUAUCAACGCUAUGCCUACAAUGCCCAAUCGAAUCGCUGUGAAUCCUUCACCUACGGUGGCUGUCGGGGUAAUCGCAACAAUUUCCUUACCGAAGGCGAUUGCCUGAAUACAUGCAGCAAGAUCUUGUCAAGCACACCUAGUCCAAGGGGUGGCGAGCAAAGCGGGGGCUGCGUCAUGUCGGAAUGGUCCAAUUGGUCGCCGUGCAGCGUCACCUGCGGCGUCGGUUACUCCGAGGGCUAUCGCUACGUGAUCAGCGAGCCCCAACGUGGCGGACAACCCUGCCCCAAGCGUCUCUCCAAGCAGCGUCGUUGCUCAAUGCCAGCCUGCUAAAUCCAAUAUGCCUUUUCAAGCCUCUUUUUUGUGCAAUUCCAAAAGUAAAUCAGUGAUUAAAACUCGUAAUACUUUACGCAAUAAAUUUACUACACUUUUUAA